AUGGACGGGACCAAUGACAGCGCCCGGGGAAGCUUCAUCCUCUUGGGCUUUUCUGACCGCCCCCAUUUGGAGAGGAUCCUCUUUGUGGUCAUCUUGAUCGCGUAUCUCCUGACCAUUGUGGGCAACGCCACCAUCAUCCUGGUGUCCCGGCUGGACCCCCACCUCCACACCCCCAUGUACUUCUUCCUCACCCACCUGUCCCUCCUGGACCUCGGCUUCACCAGCAGCUCCAUCCCCCAGCUGCUCUACAACCUGGGCGGGCGCGACAAGACCAUCAGCUACGCGGGCUGUGCCACCCAGCUGUUCCUGUUCCUGGCGCUGGGCGGUGUCGAGUGUCUGCUCCUGGCCGUCAUGGCGUAUGACCGGUUCGUCGCCGUCUGCAAUCCCCUGCACUACCCGGCAAUCAUGAGCCCUCGCCUCUGCGCAGGCUUAGUGUCGGUGGCCUGGGGCUGUGGGGUGGCCAACUCCCUGGCCAUGUCCCCAGUCACCCUACGCUUACCGCGCUGCGGGCACCACAGAGUGGACCACUUCUUGUGUGAGAUGCCUGCCCUGAUCCGGAUGGCCUGUGUCAGCACAGCGGUCAUGGAGGGUGUUGUCUUCGUCCUGGCGGUGGCCAUCGUGCUGUGGCCCCUGCUCUUUAUCCUGGUCUCCUACGGCUGCAUCGUGCGGGCUGUGCUACAGGUCCGGUCAGCAGCAGGGAGGCAAAAGGCCUUCGGCACCUGCGGCUCCCAUCUCACGGUGGUCUCCCUGUUCUAUGGGAACAUCAUCUACGCGUACAUGCAGCCGGGGAACACCUCUUCCCAGAACCGGGGCAAGUUCCUCACCCUCCUUUACAACAUUGUCACCCCACUCCUGAACCCCCUGAUCUACACCCUCCGAAACAGAGAGGUGAAGGGGGCACUGAGGAGGCUGCUGCUAGGUGACAGGGCGGCGGGAAAGGCGUAG